GUGGAAAGGAAAUAGCAUGCUAACGUUAGCUGUGCUACAAGUCCAGUGCGACCAAAACAAACGAUGACGGCCGUGAAAAAGAGCCGCAAAAAGCGCAGAUUAACAACUGGAGUUGAUUUCGUUUGACAGCUGCCGUUUAGGGUUGGGUUAUUUAUUAGCUAUACUUCUUUACUGGCGAAUGAUUCGUAGGGAACACCUUAUUUUAGGUGCGAGUUUAGCAGUUCUACCAGAUGAAACUAUCUAUGACAGAAACGUGAUGUUGUUUUUUUUAUAACGAUAACUUGUCAUUUUUAUUAGUUACGCAAUGUAACCUACAUGCGAAGCUGUACAGAACGGUGGUAAAUUUGACUUUUGGAAGCCGGUUAGCGGUAAAUAGGGAAAAUGGUGAGACUUAUUGGCAGUAUUUGGUGACGUCAAACCGUUUUAAAGUCAACAAAUCGUGUUACUAACUAGCUAGCUUCGUUAUCAGAAUGAGUUGGUUUAACGCGUCUCACCUGUCCAGCUUCGCUAAACAAGCUUUGACGACAGCCCAGAAGUCAAUUGACCGAGUUCUAGACAUCAAAGAAGAGGGCCAAUGGGGUGACACGGUUGUAAUGCCUUAUGAUGACACGUCACCGACUGGGAAGGUUUCAGUGAGUGGAGGAUGGGGUAUGACACAGUGGGAAGCGCCCCCUGAAGAAGAGGCCACUACUCUUCCUCUCACCUCCGAGGCCAUUACAACUCCUGUCACUCGUACAGUUGUAGAUGAGUCCGAAAACUUUUUCAGUGCCUUUCUGUCACCAGGAGAUGUACCAGUGACCAAGACGAAAGUUGUGUCUGUACCCCCUGCAAAGUCUCAAAGACGAACUCAAGAGAAUGAAAAGAAAAACAAAGACAUCCAGAAUGAGGAUGAGAGUCCAGAACCAGCAGGACCUGCUGAGCAGAGAAUUGAGAGUCAGAUAGUAGCUGACAGCCAGCCUGAUGAGACCAAGUCCUCACUACUAGCAUCUUAUGCUGAAGCCAUCCUCCUUCAGCCAGUCUCUCCUGUUUCUUCCUCUAGUGACCAUCCUUUCAGUCCUGACUGUAAAACCAGCAAUCUAAAAACGGAUGCUGAGUCAAUUUCAGUAGAAUUGGAAACAGAAUCAGAAGGUCCACCUGAACAACUGGUAGAGAAGGAUUCCACAAACUCCUCUGAGCCUUCUGCUUCUGAAGCUAAAAGCUCUAACCCAGCAGAUCCCACAACCCCCACACCGUCCAAGGACGUUUUCCCCGGUCAAAAAGAUUCAAAAGCAGAGGAUCGUCAAAAUGACACACCCUCUCCUCCAGUCAGCGCUUUCUCCUCAGGAACUUCCACUACAAGUGACAUUGAAGUGCUUGACCACGAGAGCGUGUUGAGCGAAAGCUCGGCGAGCUCCAGACAAGAAACUGGUGAGAGCAAAGCGGGGCUCCACCUAAUGCAAGGCUCCUUUCAGCUCCUCACUGCCUCAACCUGUGGAGAUUUUGCUCGACUGGAGGACUACCAAAAACUCACAGAGAGCUGUGGGUCCUCCUCAGAUGCGUUUGAGCGAAUUGAUUCAUUUAGCAUGCAAUCGCUGGACAGCAGGAGUGUCAGUGAGGUCAACUCGGACGAUGAGGUCCCGGGCAGUCGGACUCUAGCUUCCGUCACCGCGGGCUCCACUCCUCUGACAGUGACGUGUGAGAAACAGGAAGAAGGAGUGGAGGUGAAUGUGGGUGAAGAGAAUGACAGCAAAGUGGAAGGACACACUGAGACCGGAAAGGAGCAGUCACUGGAUGAGAUGGAGGAAAGUGGACGGAGUGCAACCCCCGUGAAUAGUGAGCAGCCUGAUGAAUUGUAUGGUGGUGUUGGUGAUGAUACAGUAUUUGGUUCUACCUACAAUACAGAAGAUAAGAGCACACCGCCAAUCACAGAAGAGAUGAAAAGUGUCUCAACUGUCCAGAUAUUGGAGCUGCAAAAGGUUAUUGAUGAUCUGUCAAGCCGUCUUGAGAAGAGAGAGUCUCAGCUGCUGGCUGUUAGCAAAGACAAGGCCAGGCUGGAGGAGGAGUGUGAUAACUUAAAAGAUGAAGUGAUAAGCCUAAAGGAAGAGAGCUCCACUGUGCAGUCCCUGAAAGAAGAGUUCACUCAGCGCAUAGCAGAUGCAGAGAGAAAGGCUCAGCUGGCCUGCAAGGAGAGAGACAUAGCCAAAAAGGAGAUAAAAGGUUUGCGAGAAGAGCUUUCUACAAGACUAAACUCUAGUGACACGAUGGAGCUCAUCAGAGAGAAGGAGGAGCAGAUCAGAGGUCUGCUGGAAGAGGGUGAAAAGUUGUCAAAACAGCAGCUGCAGCAGAGUAACAUCAUCAAGAAAUUGCGUGUGAAGGAAAAAGAGAGCGACAGCAGGAUUACCAAGCAGCAGAAGAAAAUCAAGGAGCAAGAGGAGGAGCUCAGAAAUCUUCAGCAGGUUCUAGAUGGGAAGGAGGAGGUGGAGAAACAGCACAGAGAGAAUAUCAAGAAGCUGAAUGCUGUGGUAGAGCAGCAGGAGAAGGAGCUGAGCAGGCUUCAGAUGGAUGUAGAGGAGCUGCAGGAGAAAAACAGGAGCCUUCAGGCUGCCCUUGAUAAUUCUUACAAGGAGCUGGCAGAGCUUCAUAAGGCUCACGCUAGCAGAGCAAGUGAGGCCGAAGAGGCAGCUCUAAGCAGGGAAAUCCAGGCCAAAGAGCAGCUGAGUUUAGCUCUUGAGAAGGCUCAGGAGGAGGCCAGAAUUCAGCAGGAGGCACUUGCCAACCAGGUGGCUGACCUGAGGCACGCUCUGCAAAGGGCUGAGCAACAGCAGGCCAGAAAAGAAGAUUAUUUGAGGGAGGAGAUCAGUGCGCUUCAGCAGAGACUGCAGGAGGCAGAGACUAGGAACCAGGAGCUCAGUCAGAGCGUUACCUCAGCCACACGGCCUCUACUGCGACAAAUCGAGAACCUACAAGCCUCACUGGGUGGACAAACUGCAUCCUGGGAAAAGCUAGAGGAGAACAUCUCUGAUAGGCUAGCUGACGCCCAGGCACAGCUAGCUGUGGCUGUGGAGAAGGAGCGAUCGGCAGCAGAGGAACUAUUAUCCAUCAAGUCUCAGCUGGUCUCUCUGGAAUCCCAGAAUUCUUUGCUCCGACAGGAAAAAGCUAGAGUCUUGGCUCAACUGGAGGCGGAAAAAAGCAAGAGAGAGAAACUAGAGGACGAGAGCAGCAGGGAGCAUGCUGAACUGUCGAAUCUAAAAGGAGAGCACAGUCGCCUGUUGGAAGAAGCCAAGAAGGAAAAGCUAUUGCUGACCAACCAGCUUGAGAUGGAGAAGAUGAAGGUGGAGCAAGAGAAGAAGAAAUGCUAUCUAGCACAGGAAGCACUAAGGGAAAAGGAGCGGAAAGCUUUGACAUACUCAGUUGGAGAGCCCCCAGCAUCUUCCACGCCAUCCUUGUCUCGCUCCAGCUCCAUUAGUGGUGGAGAAAAUGCUGGACUGCACACCUCUGUUCUAUCCCAGGAUGACGCUUUGGACCACUCACUGGGAACAAUGUCCAUGUCCGUGAGUGGAACCAACCUGUAUGAGGCAGCCAGAUUGUCUGGAGGCUCCAGUAUCAUCGAGAACCUCCAGUCCCAGCUUAAACUGAGAGAAGGAGAAAUCGCUCAGCUGCAGCUUGAGAUCACCAGUUUGGAGAGAAGUCGUUCAGUGAUGGCUGAAGAGCUAGUUCGCCUCACAAAUGAAAACGAUGAGAUGCAGGAGAAAGUGAAGGACAUCCCAAAGUUGAAAAUUCAGCUGAAGGAUCUGGAGCAGAGGCACAACACCAUCCUGCAGAUGUAUGGAGAAAAAGCUGAAGAAGCAGAGGAACUGAGACUGGAUCUAGAAGAUGUCAAAAAUAUGUAUAAAACCCAGAUUGAUGAAUUGCUGAAGAAUCAGAAAUAAAGUGGUUUUAUGCGCUUUUUUUCCUUUCUUUUGGGGAUUAAUCAGUUUUUCAUGUUUGGCACAAAUGCAUUUAAAUAACAAAGAAGGACCAUUGUAAGUUAAUAACUGAUGUUUUUAAAAAAAAUCUUAUCCAACAAUUUAUUUCAGUCGUUUAUGAACUUUAUUGAAGAGAGGAUGGGUUUAUGAAUUAAUGUUAAUGAAUAAUUAUGAAGGAAUGUCACAGUUGUUGAUGAAUGCAUCAGUUUGAAAACCUUUGAUAUAGUGUAGUCUUUCACUGUAUGACGGGGUAAGGAUUUAUUUGCACAAAUUCUGUCAGAAUUUCUCCAAGCAUAUUCAGACAGGUUUAAGAAGUAUAUAUUAAAAUUAACUAUUGUAUAGAGAAAUGUUGGUAUUCUUAGCAUUGUAUAAAUCACAACACAUGGAGUAGACCUGCAGGUAAUCUGAGGCGAUGACGGUUUGAUUUACUUAUGUAAAUGAAUAAACAUUUAUUUGGCUGGUGGA